AUUCAAUCCUCCCAGAAAAGAAAAAGUAGUGUGUGUGAUCUCAAAGAGAAAGGGAGAGAAAGAUGAGUGGAGAAGGGAAGGUUGUGUGCGUGACUGGAGCGUCGGGCUUCAUAGCAUCGUGGAUUGUAAAGCUUCUCCUCCAACGUGGCUACAUCGUCAAAGCCACUGUUCGUAACCCAAAUGAUCCCAAGAAAACAGAGCACUUACUUGCCCUUGAUGGGGCUAAACAAAGACUUUGUUUACUCAAAGCAGAGUUAUUGGAUGAAGGGCGUUUUGAUUCUAUAUUGGAUGGGUGUGAAGGUGUUUUUCACACGGCUUCCCCCGUUAUUUCUUCAUCCACUGUCACUGAUCCCAAGGCAGAAUUGAUCGAUCCUGCUGUCAAGGGGACUCUUAAUGUUCUUAAAUCAUGCACAAAAGUUCCUUCCAUCAAGAGAUUAGUUGUGACAUCUUCAAUAGCUGCAGUUUCAUUCAAUGGAAAACCAUUGACUCCUGAUGUUGUGGUGGAUGAGACUUGGUAUUCCGAUCCAGCUUUCUAUGAUCCCAAGAAAAUAGGGCACUUACUUGCACUCGAUGGCGCUAAACAAAGACUUUGUUUAUUCAAAGCAGAGUUAUUAGAUGAAGGGUGCUUUGAUUCUAUAUUGGAUGGGUGUGAAGGUGUUUUUCACACAGCUUCCCCUGUUAUUUCUUCAUCUACUGUCACUGAUCCUAAGGCAGAAUUGAUCGAUCCUGCUGUCAAGGGGACUCUUAAUGUUCUUAAAUCGUGCACAAAAGUUCCUUCCAUCAAGAGAGUAGUUGUGACAUCUUCAAUAGUUGCAGUUUCAUUCAAUGGAAAACCAUUGACUCCUGAUGUUGUGGUGGAUGAGACUUGGUAUUCCGAUCCAGCUUUCUGUGAGAACUCCAAGCUUUGGUAUAUGCUUUCAAAGACAUUAGCUGAGGAGGCUGCUUGGAAGUUUGCCAAGGAGAACAGGCUUGAUUUGGUUACAAUAAAUCCAGGAUUUGUGAUUGGUCCUAUUUUACAGCCUACUCUAAAUGCCACUAACAGAGUCAUGUUGAACCUUAUAAAUGGAGGCACACCCCCACCUUUUGAUAGUUUAGUGGCCGUUGAUGUUCGAGAUGUUGCACAUGCACAUAUUCAAGCAUUUGAGAUUUCUUCAGCUAGCGGCCGAUACUGCCUGGUUGAAAGAGUUGCUCACAUUUAUGAGACUUUGAAGAUGUUACAUGAACUAUACCCUUGUUUGUACCCCGAUGAAAAAGACAAAGAUAAACCUAUUGAGGCAACGUACCAGGUAUCCAAGGAGAAGGCAACGAGCUUGGGUAUUAAAUUCAUUCCUUUAGAGGUGAGUUUGAAGGACACUGUUAAAAGCUUCAAGGAUAAGGGUUUCUUGAGCAUCUGAGUUUUGUACUUCAUUUUCCAUACGUGUCUGUUUUUCAUCUUUACGUUGUACUGAGUCACAUCCACCUUCAUGUGUGUCACAUACGGAUGUUGAAUAAAGGACUUUCUGGACU